AACACCCGUCGUCAGACUUAGGUGGACUUGGCCUGGCGCACACAUGACACAUGGAAAGGCUGCGGAAGUGGAGAUCAGAGGUAGCACCAACAAAGAGGACCUUGAAAGGGACUUCGACAGCCAGGAGCAGCUGUCCACUGUCGUGAAAGGCAACCUUGACCCCCUCCCCGGCGGUUCGAAGCAGGACGUAAUGAUCGCACUUCCUCGCGAGUGGGAAAUGACAAGACCAGGCGACAGGGACUACAAGCUAGAGGCGUACCUGGCGGCGCGUGUUAUUAACGCGGAUGGACUAAAGGGGAAGCUGUCCAGGAGCAUUACAUUAUUGUUCACAAUCCCAAAUUUUACCGCCGAAUCGCUCACAACAGGAGCGUCCAUUCACUCACGGGCAGUGCCGAACACAAAGCCUGCACCAGCAAGAACCACGAGAACGCCGGCUAAGCCGUACACGAAUACAGCCCAAGCAACGACCUCAACACUCCCGACCAAAGCGGAGCCAGCUCGCAAUCCAGCGGCAACAGCCACACCAGAGGCGGAGCAUGCGAGAAAAAAUGACCAUCCAUCCGUCAUAAUUUGGAUUCUCCUGGCGCUAGUUGCCGGAGUCGUCAUGACAGCCAUCACAAUUAUACUGCUACUCAGGGCGAAGUCAAACCCCAUUGCCGAAGAUCAGGGUCCCGCCACGACCACGGCAACACUGACAACUACGUGAAGCCACGUGGUAUCCUUGGACAA